CACGCCCAUCAGACACGCCCCUCUUUAAUGAUCGUAAACCCGCGCUAUAGCUCUGCUCAAGGCCAGGCAGCGCGGUGCGGAAGCCGCACCGAAGCGAAGACUCGAACAUCCCUGAACUCCGGGGCGAGCUAACCAUAAGCCUCCCGUGGAGUACGAUACUAGCCGAAACGUCAACAACGAUAUCAUUGUAAACAUUUCCACUUGUUUCUUUUGGGUCUGUUGAGCUAGUCUGCCUGUAAGACUAUUACUAUGACCGAGUGGAACAAGAGAAAGCAAGUGGCCCAGGCUAAGAUAGAUGCAUCAGCCUCGGAUCUCAAUAACAUCAGUCAAGAGAUUUGGUCCCAUCCUGAACUGGGUUAUGAGGAACAUCAUGCUCACAAGAUUCUCACAGAUUAUCUGGAAAAGGAGGGUUUUGAGGUGACAAGAAAUUAUCACUUAGAUACAGCAUUCAAAGCUACAUAUGGAACUGAUGGUGGCAUCCAUGUUUGUGUGAUAUGUGAAUACGAUGCUCUUCCUGAAAUUGGCCAUGCCUGUGGGCACAACCUGAUUGCCGAGUGUGGAGCAGCCGCAGGUCUAGGGAUCAAAGCUGCAAUGGAGCUUGAUGGCACUCCCAUAGGAAGGGUUACAGUGCUUGGUACGCCGGCAGAGGAAGGGGCAGGAGGCAAGAUAGACCUGAUCAAAGCUGGGGCCUUCCAGGGGAUGGAUGUAGCUAUGAUGGCACAUCCUUAUGCUUACACAGUACCACAACCAGUAGCCUUAUCAAUGCUAGAAAUGAAAAUUCACUUCACUGGUCUUGCUUCCCAUGCCUCUGCAGUUCCCUGGGAAGGAGUGAACGCCUUGGAUGCAGCUGUGAUGUGUUAUAAUAGUAUCUCAGUCAUGAGACAACAGUUGAAACCAGAAUGGAGAGUUCAUGGCAUAUUUACAAAUGGUGGAGCCAAGCCUAAUAUCAUACCAGAGGAGGCGGAGCUCUUUUACUACCUAAGGGCUCCAACACAGGAAGCACUUUCACAGGUCAAGAAGAAGGUUGUGGGGUGUGCCCAGGGUGCUGCCGUGGCAACAGGUUGUGAGUGCACAGUCAAAGAUCUUGGAGGCUUUGCUAAUGUUGUCACCAAUCCCACCGUGAUAUCAAUCUACAAGAGGGAGGCUUCCCAAAUGGGCGUAGUCUUUGAUGACAACAGUGGUUCCGGUUCCACCGACAUGGGAGACGUGUCGUACGUGGUCCCUAGCAUACAUCCUAUGUACGACAUAGGAACCAUGGCAGCCAACCAUUCCAGACCAUUCACUGCAGCGGCAGGUGCUGCUGCAGCCCAGCCCCCUACUCUGGUCCAGGCUAAAUCCUUGGCUCUGACAGCUCUGGAAGUCAUGAAACCAGGAAAUGAGGAGGUCUUAGCAAACAUCAAAAAGGACUUUGCUCUUCAGAUGGCAGAAACAAAAGCAUAGCUAGGUGCAAACUGUCCAUAGAUCGUGUCCUCCAGGGCCCUGCCUCAUAAAUUGUUAUCGGCCACUGAUGCCAAAAUUGUAUAACAAAAUUUCUCUCAGCCAAUGAAAUGCCCUGAUGUCAGGGGCUUAGAUCCAUUAUUGUAACUUGAUAUUGAUGAUAAGUUUUAUGGAAACAUUCAAAUUACUGGGAAUCAUGUGUAUAAACUCCUGUCAGCAGGUGGUCUUUAUUCUACACACGAUAUGAGAAACACCAUUCAGGAAAAAGCAACUUUAUAAAAGUUAUAUUAUAUAUAUACUAGGUACAUGCAUAUAUCUAGGUUAUAAGAGUGGUGUUUGUAUGCAAGUGGUCACCACUCACUUAAGAAAGUCACAUUACAUUGUAAACAUCUUAAUCAAUCAACCGUUUCACUUUCUCUCUUUUCUGUCUUGUCUCCCCCUUUCCCUUUCUCUUGUCUCUGUCUCUUUGUUUCUCUCCUUCAAUGUUAGAUAUUAAUAUAAAUUCAUUACUCUCAGUAUUUCCAUAUACCCUAGACACCCAUCAGUGAUUUUAAUGUCUAAUGAAAGUUCAGUUUGAUGACAACCCCCUAGUAAUGUCUGGAUUAUCAGAACAGUGCUUUUAUAUGCUCACUUAAAACUGGAAUGUAUUGCAUAGAAAGGUCACGUCUUUUAAAAAAAUGUACCAAUCACCAAAACAUGAAGUGGGUUCCAUGUUGCUAGCUGAAGCCAAACUAUGAGCUACAAAUAGAUUGUGCAAUUACAUCCUAAGGGAACAGUAAAAUGUUGCUAACGUACGCCCUUGGAACCCAUGGAACCAUGCAAGUCCAACUUGGGUUCUGUGCCAGCCUUAAACAUGGGGUUUUAUGUUAUCAAUUAUUUUCUUCAUGUUUCUUAACCAUUUAUCUAUUGGAAGCCAGGUAAAGUUUUUUAAGUUGAUUUUAUACAUUCUAGGUAUUAUGGAUAUAUACAAACAAAAAAAUUCAGAUGAUUGGUAUACACUUUGAAACUGGAUUGUAUUCAAUUCAAUUCAAUUCAAUUUAUUUAUUGUUCAACCAUCAAAAUAUAUAUACAAUCAAAAUAAGUUACAUCAAGAAUUUAGAAUAACACAAUGAUGGUUUAGUGACCCCGGAGAAAGCAGAGCUUAUAAAAAGGGGCCACCAAUACAUAAAAAGAUCAACAUUAUACAAACAAAAUCAACAUCAAACAUUAAUAUAAACAAGGAAAAAAAGAGAAGUACACUUCUGCAGCAGCAGCAAAAAAACUGUAUCUACAUGUAUUUUCUUUGGAUAGAAAAUAUGUAUGUCUUUCCAAAAAGAAUUUAGUUUGUGUAUGUCGAGCAAAGAUGUGAUAAUACAUAGUGAAUGGGUCACUAGGAAACAUGUGCCUGUUUUUUUUAACCUCUGCCACACAGGGUCUUGCCAGAUGUAAUAUAUUUAGGCUGUUUCUUAUUGAUUUUGUGGCCACAUGAUUUGCGCAUUUUCACAGAUCAUCUGCAAAUGAUGACAGUUAUAAAUUACUGGUACACUGUACAUAAAUUAUUUGGGACAGCAUUUGGGAGAGGAAAGGUGUUUUAAAUUUGAAGGGACUCUUGCUACCUGGAUAAUGAAAGUUGGAAUUGAUAUUUAGUAUCAUCUGAGAGUGCAGCUAAAUGUCUUGUUGUCAUUAUUUGAAAUUCUAACUGACCAGUGGUAUGCUAAAAUCUGAUUUGAAGAACUAAGGAAACCACGGUCCUGAUGUAUGACUUUUUGAAAAUCAGGACCCCAUUGGCAUUGUUUUCAAUAACAAGUGUCACAAUUCUAUAACCAAAUUGCUCUCAGCUAAUCAAAUGCUACGAUUUCAGUAGCUUAUAUCAUUAUUGUAACUUGUUAUUGAUAACAAGUUUUAUGAAACAGGGGCCCUGAUCUAUAA